AAAAUUUUUCAUUGUUCAUUGUCCUUUUGCCGCACAUGAACAUUAAACAUAAUGGCUAAUUUAAAAAUAAAUAUUGUGCUUGUAACUUUAACUGGAGUUUUAAUUGCUAAAGGUGUAUGUUUUUGGACUGACGUGACAAGAUUUGAUGAAGUUCUAGUAAUAUCCAAAAAUUCAUGGAGAACUUUUUGUAACAAAAGUGAAUUUGAUAUAGAAUUUAACACGAAGCAAAAUAAUUCUUAUAAUGAACUGCGUACUUGCAUUGGAAAUGUACAAGGUUUUUCUUUAGUUGAAAUUUAUUACAAGAUGGCACUUGACCCUGAAGAUGCAGAAUCAUGUUGUGUAGCAUUUGACUCAUAUCAAGAGUGUCUAAAUAAUUUUACCACUUCAAUUGACUUUUGUAACGAUGGAAAAAAAAUCAAGGCAUUUGAGCUGCUUGAAAAAUUUGAAUAUCUCAUUUGCAAAGACAAAGGAGCACCUCUAAAAGGCAUAGCAAUAAGUGCAAAUAAUUGUCCCAAAGAAAUUACACAUGUAUUGGAGUGUCUUUGGGCUGAAGUAGAAUUAGUUAGUAAACUUGUCGUGAUGGGCAAUUAUUUUUUACCAACUCAAAAUUUACUUGACUCCACAGAUUGCAGCCGACUUGAAAAGUUAGAAACAUGUGUCACUGAUAAACUUGAUCAAUGCCCAGAUGCAGUAAUCAGCCCAACAAGUAAUACAGCCAAAGAAAUAUUCAAAAUGAUAAAAAAUAUAACAAGCUGUGAAAAAAAAAAAUCCUAUGAAAUUUUUAAAAUUUAAUUUUACUAUUAAAAUAUAAAAAAAUAUAAAAAAUCUAGUUUAUGUUAAUUAUUAGAUUAAAUAUAUACGUUAAUUGCAUUUAUGUUUUUUGCAGUUAAUUUGGUUAAUAA